AAAAUUAUUGCUCGAAUUGAGAGCAGCCUAACGGCUUCUUUCUUUCCUCUCCAUAAACAAACGAGCAAUCUCAAACUUCCUCCCAAACCCGCUUCUUUCACUCCUCCUCACAAGCAUAUUCACCGUUGAGAAUCUCUGUACGCGUUCAAUCUUCCAUGGCUGCUCCGACUCCCGACCAUAUCGAUAGAUCCGCCGCGGCGAGGACGGUCCCGUCGUUGAGCGGGAAGGUUCGUGUAGUAGCCAAAAUCCGGAAUUCAACGGAUUCAGAGGUCUUGCCCGGAAAGAAAGCUCCUGCGUCGUGGAUUUCAGUAAACAAGCCUAAUGGAGAUGCAUCUGACCGCGUAAAGGUGACCUUGGGAGAGCAAUCGGCCAGCUCUAGAGAGUGUUAUGAGAUUGGUUACUGCUACCAAGAGAAUGAAGGCAAUGAAGAAAUGUUUAGAAGAGAGGUGCAGUUUCUAUUACCCGAAGUGUUCAACGGUCGCAGUGUCACUGUUGUGGCUUGCGGAGCUAGAGGUUCUGGAAAGACUCAUGUCAUUCAGGGUACUGAAGGGGAUUUGGGUUUGGCAGCCUUAUCUAUGGCCGAAAUACUACGAAUGUCUGAGGAAAGUAACAAGUUCGUUGGGGUUUCAUGCUACGAGAUCCUUCAAGAGCAUGCUUAUGAUCUGUUGGAACCAAAAUCGCAGGAAGUAUCAGUGUUGAAAGAUGGCCAAGGACGAGUGCAACUCAAAGGACUUUCUUGUGUUCAAGUGAAGUCCUUGUAUGAAUUUCACAAACUAUAUCGUAGACAAAGCAGGACGGUGCGUAAAGCAAAUCAAAAGAUAACUCAUUCAUUUCCUCCCAGAAGCACAAAAGGGUUGAUCUUUUACAUAUCAUCACAAGCCGAUAAGCUGGCCAGUGCUCCUGUUGGCAAGAUCAAUUUUGUUGAGUUAGCAGGUUAUGAGGAUGCGAAAAGAAAAAGUGAUGUUGGUAACUUUGGGGAGAAUGCUCAAAUUAAUAAGUCCAUCCAUGCAUUCAUCAAAGUGGCGUAUUCAUUACAUGCCAAUGAAAUUCAUGUGCCAUAUCGAGAGAGUAAGCUUAGCCGGAUGUUGGAAGAUUCACUUGGAGGGAAGAGUAGCAUUCUGAUCCUUACAUGCUUGAACCCCUUCUCCUGCCAAGACUCAAUGAACAUGUUAAAGUUGGCUUCUCGUUGCUCCCAGAGUAAUACCAUUACUACCAAGAUUGUGGUGGAUUCUGCAAGAAAAACAGAUAGCACGGCAAGAUCCAAGGUUUUUGCUUCACAUAGAAGCAGGCUACCUGGGAGUGCUUCCUCCAUGAGGAAGCAGCCAACUCCCUCCCAUUUUCCUAUUCAUGGUAAGAAAUCCAGUGGAAAUGCUUCUGCGCUGAAAGCAAGGAAAUUGUUUGCCGACAAAGGUCAUGAGAAACCUAAUAAGGUAAAUGCCUCUGCAACUGUUUCAAGAACUGAAUCUUCUCUACCAGAAGAGGCAAGUUCUUUCAUUGGAUUGAAUACUGGGAUUUCUGCACAAGAAGAGGAAGCUUCAUCAUUAGAACUAGAGAAUACUCCUGCUUCGUUGGAAAAUGCUCUUGCUUCCCUGGAGGUACGGGUAUCAAUGGAGCUCACUGAAGAAAACAAGCACGUGGACAUGAUAACACCGGCCACUACGGCUUUACCUGUGGUUGCUGAAGGCCAAAGUUUAGACAAGCAUGUGGACAUGAUAACACCAACCACUACGACAUUAUCAGUGGUGGAUGAAGGUACGAAAAAUAGUGACCGUUGUGAGGAUCAAAUUUUGCUUUACAUCUCGUCUUCCCACUUUUUGUUGUCUUUCGUGAAUCUGUUAACUUGUUUCUGUGUAUUGAUAGGCCAAAGUCUCGAUAAGGAGAAUGACAUAUCACUGGCCAACAAAAAUGAAUCUCCACCAAUCAGCUUGCGGUUGCAGGAGAUCUCAAACAAUCUGAAGCAGCUCUACAAUUCAACCCCAAAGCAGCUCUACACGUCAACCCCAUUGCGCACGGUGAUGCCCUCAAGCAAUGAUCUUCCUCUCCAAGAUCAGUUUACAACUGCUUCUGUGGAGCCAAUGACGCCCGAAUGCAAUAUAAAAGUGAAUAAGAACUUGGACAUUGCAAGCUUCUGCAGUCCCUGGGAGAAGUUGAAUAGAAGCAAUUGCGGAGUGAAGAACUCGCUUGUUCAGGAGUACCUUAAUUUCUUCAACACAGCGAACAAGGAAGAUUUGAAGAAACUAAAGGGGAUCGGAGAAAAACGUGCAACAUACAUUAUGGAGUUUCGUGAUGAAUCGCCUUUUAUGGAUCUUGACGAGUUGAAAGAUGUUGUGGGGCUCUCAGCUAAACAGAUCAAGGACAUGGUGAGCAAGGAUGUAUUAGGAGGGCUUUUUCACUAGACUGUUGUCUAAGACUCUAAGUUACUUCUAGAGUUGUCUUGAUUGGCAAUGCAUAAAGUUGCCAUCUUCUAAUUUAUAAUUGUAGCUAAGCUUGAAAAGUACUAAUACUUACAAGACCAUCAUCAUCGUAAUAUGAAGUAAAUAAUGGAAAUACUUCUAUCCUUAUUUCACUCCAAUCAUAAAAACAGUUAUUGUGCUUUAUUCUUUAAGAACAUAAAAAGGAGAGUCUUGGCAAACUAAAAGUGAGCAAGGGUUACAUUUCUUGAAGCCUCCUGUGUCUACCGUUAUAGUUUGUGCCAUCUCUCAGCUCCAUGGCCAGCCAAUGCCUAGCCUUCAGACAAACUCUUUCACUGCCUUCUGUUGUGUUUAGUUGUCUACUGGUACUUCAAUGC